UUCUAUUCAACUGGAGGCUGAGCCGCUCAGAGAUUGUCCUGAUUGGACAAGCUACUUGGGGCACUUGGGGGAGUCAAGCGCUUUCCAUCGCGUCCAUCUCCUCACACCAUCCCGUCCUCUAUAAUAAUAAUUCACCCAAUCUAAUCAACUCUUUGCGCACGUAACAACGUCCCCUGUCUCAUCCCGGCACUUUCCUAGUCAACAAACUGGAAGAAAGUCCGAAGAGCUAUCCAUCUCAGCUUGUGUCUGUUGCCCUAAAUCAGUAUUCGAAAAAGCUUAAUAACCAGAAACGUAGGCUGGUUCCACCUCCCAGGCACCUGUCAUUCCCUCAGACCAUUAACAUCCCCUUUUCAGUCUAGUAACGCUUGGAACCCCUCAGCAGUUAAUCAGACAUUUCUUGUUCCUUUUGGUCCCCUCACUCAUCAUUCUCCAAUCCAUACCACUAAUACCUACAAGCUUGGCCGGCUGCUCCGUGUAUGAAAACGAUCAUCUCCAGACCUAUAAGAUAAUAAGAGGACCGUGAAAGUUUCCAAGUAUGUCGUACAGCAGCCCAAUGAAGAUGAUGGCGUCGAGAAGCACGAAGACCUCCACAAUUCUUUUACCCGGCAGUCAAGAUAACAAUUCAGGAUUUCCGGAGUCGCGCAACCGGAGAAGGCAAUCUUUCAUGGCGAAUCCCUUGGAGUCACUGAAACUGACGGUAUCAAGCAUCGGCAGGAAAUCUGAAGAGCCAGCCCGACAAGUUGAAGCAGAAGGACAAGAAGAAGAAGAGACUCUAUUGCAAGACGCGACAAAUAUCCCAGCAAGGACAUCGUUUGAUGUCGCUCUUCCUCAGCGCCAAACUCAAUCACAAGUUCGCUUCCAACAGAACGCCAGACAAUUCCCCGAAGACUGGCAAACUAGUCUCACCCCUCGCGAUAGCAUUCUCAGAGAUAAUCGAAACAGAAGGCAAUCGUUCUGUGCUGCCCCCACCUCUAAUAAGCGCAUCUGGAACUCCCUCGGCGCGCGUUGCAAGUUCUUCAGACUCGUUGUCGUCGCAAGUCCAUCUCUACAACGUCUUGCUUCACCCCACACUUAAGCUCACAUCUUUUACACCUUAUUCUUCUUUAUUGUAAUUCAAACCUAGCUUCCUUUGUUGUAAAGAUAGUUAGUAGACAUUCUGGUAUAAUGUACCUUAUCUUUGUUCCCACCCUCAUCCCCGUUUAUCCUUCCCCCCCC